AUGCCACAAGCAGAGCAGAGAGCCCGACUCUUUGUGGGACAACUUAACUUUGGCGCGACAGAGGAAGACAUUCGUGCCAUCUUUGAUUUCUAUGGACACGUAUUGAGUGUCAACUUGCUACACGACAAAUCUAAGAAUCGUAGCAAGGGCAGUGCAUUUGUGGAAUACGGCUCAACCAGUGAGGCCGACUGCGCCAUCCGCUCACUUCACAAUCGCUACUACAUGGAACGUGAUAAACCACUGCAAGUGUCGUACUGUGUGCGGUCUGGAUUGAUUUCAGACUUUGGAUGGCGGCAGGCUCUACGACUACACCAGGAAAAUAAUACGAAUCCUCCUCCACCAAAACGGCUCAACUCGCCUCAAAUCAAGCAUUGA